UCAUCCCAUUUUAUCCCCCCAACAUUCUAUCACUCUCAACAAACGAAUCAUUCGUUUUGUACUUGCAUUAGUUAUAACUAAGAACCCACUUCUCUGUUUCCGUUGAAAAUCUCAUAUUGUCCCCCUGUUUCGGCAUUUUUAAAUGUUGAAAAUGGUACAGAAAAGAUCUGAACUAGCAUCAACAAAGAAGAACAAGAGGAAGCAAAAGAUGCCCACUUCAAUCCAAAGGCUUUAUGAAACUUGCAAGGAGGUUUUUGGUGACCUCGAGGCAGGAACUGUGCCGGCCCCUGAGGACGUGAAUCGUCUCAAAGCUGUUCUUGAUAACAUGAAUGCAUCGGAUGUUGGCCUAAAUCCUACCCUUCCAUAUUUUUGGAAAAUCGAGCUGGAAGGAAAUCCUCCAAUAACUUAUUUGCGCAUCUAUGAGUGUGAAAAGUUCUCAAUUUGCAUAUUUUGUUUGCCUCCAAAAGGAGUCAUACCGCUUCAUAAUCAUCCUGGUAUGACUGUGUUCAGCAAGCUUCUAUUUGGUAACAUGCACGUAAAGUCUUGCGACUGGGCUGAUUCUCAUCCGAGUUCUCAAGAAUCUGUCAACACCUCUCAUCGUUUGGCCGAGGUAAAGACCGAUAAACUCCUCACUGCACCCUGUGAGUCUUCGGUUCUUUAUCCGAAUGAUGGAGGAAACAUGCAUUGUUUCACCGCGAUGACGCCUUGUGCGGUUCUCGAUGUGCUCGGUCCACCUUACUCUGAUCCUGAUGGAAGGCGCUGCACUUAUUACGAUGAUUUGCCUUAUGUUGAUACAAAUGUGGCGCCCGGAGAAAAUGUGAAGUACACUUGGCUGGAGGAGAGAGAGAAAGCCGAGGACUUCUUCGUCCUGGGGGCGAAAUACAGAGGCCCAACAAUCAAAGAGAACUGAUAAAUGCUAAGGUCUUCAGCAAACAACAUCCUCAGCAGUUGUGUAAGUAAACAGCAAAGGAGCAGCAGGAUAGGAGACGAUCGAGGCUGAAGUGUUUUCUGGUUGUUUUUGAAGUUUAGUCUCAGCUGUGUUAGAUGAGCGUAGUCCUAGUUUCUUUUUAAGUGCAAUAUGUUUUCAGCGACUGUUUGGUGCAAGUUCUCUAUUUAAUGGUUUAAAUUAGGGCGCUGGGUUGCUCUUAUUUCUUCUCUUGUUGUAUUUGUUGCUGGCUUUAUUCUACACGGGCUUCUCAUUUUUGUCUAUUUUCUGAGAUGUCUGAUUUGUGUUUAUGUAAAUUACAUGUGGUCCUUUAUUAAACCUGAGAUUUCUGCGGCA